AAAUUGUCAAAAUGACGCGCAGUUGACUCAAAUACGUUUUAUAAGUAAAUCAAGUAUUUCUUUAAUAUUCCUCAUUUAUUCCAGAAUCAUUAAUAAUGGUGUCCAGUAACACUAUAAAUAUAAAAAAUUCAUCUACAGCAGAUCUGACUCCAACUUUAAAAAAGUACAAGUUAGUAUUUUUAGGUGAACAAAGUGUAGGAAAGACUUCUUUGAUUACCAGAUUCAUGUAUGACAGCUUCGAUACGAAUUAUCAGGCCACCAUAGGUAUAGACUUCCUCUCUAAGACUAUCUAUCUCAGAGAUCGCACGAUCAGAUUACAGCUGUGGGAUACUGCAGGUCAAGAAAGAUUUAGAUCACUUAUUCCUUCAUACAUCAGAGACUCGGCAGUUGCUGUCGUGGUGUAUGACGUCACAAAUAUGGUCUCAUUCGAACAGACUCGUAAGUGGAUUGACGACGUUAGGAAAGAACGAGGGACAAAAGUCAUGAUCAUGCUAGUAGGCAAUAAAGUGGAUCUUGAGAACUUAAGAGAGAUUUCAACAGACACAGCAAUGCUGAUGGCGAAAGAGUGGAAUGUCUUGUUUAUUGAAACAAGCGCGAAAGAAGGUUACAAUGUAAAGCAGUUAUUUAAAAAAAUAGGUGAAGCACUUCCCGAGAUAGAUCCAGCACUAAAUGAGACAGACGUCAAAGAGGUUGUGUUAGAAACUAAUGAUGAAUGUGAAGCUGAAGGUUAUUGCUUAUGUUGAAAUUUGCAUGACAUUAAACGUUUUCAAAAGUUCA